AUGGGGUGCGCUUCGCAAAAAUAACCAUCUCCAACAAGAAACAGAUAUGAUGAUAGCCUAACAACUGGAUAACCUGAAACAAACUUCACUUAAAAUGUUAUAGCAAUAUAAUAAUUGAAUGAAAAAUAAAUUCGAUAAAAGAUAAAAUCUGGAAAGUGCUACAAAUUUGUUCUACGUCAAGUUACUCUUUAGAAUAACAUAUGUAUAAUUGCCAAUCCCAUAUUUAUAGUCAACAGUACCAUCAUGAUUAGAAGAAGAGAUCAAGAAAACUCACCUUCAAAAAAGAGUAUAUGA